AUGGACUUGGCAGGCGUGCUGCUGGCGUUGCUCCUCGUGCUGGUCCUGGUUGUCUCGCUGCUCUCCAACCUCCUGGUGCUGCUAUGCUUCGUCUACAGUACGGAGAUCCGCAAGCAAGUCGCCGGGGUUUUCCUGGUGAACUUGUCUUUUUGCAACCUGCUCCUCACCGUCCUGAACAUGCCUUUCACUUUGCUGGGGAUCCUGAGGAACCAGCAACCCCUCGGGGGCUGCGUCUGCAAAGCAGUGGGUUUCCUGGAAACUUUCCUCACUUCCAACACGAUGCUGAGCAUGGCAGCGCUCAGCAUCGACAAGUGGAUUGCCGUGGUGUUCCCCCUAAGCUACACCAGCAAAAUGAGGUAUAAGGACGCUGUGAUACUCAUGGGCUACUCGUGGCUCCACUCCCUAACCUUCCCCUUGGUAUCCUUAUUUUACUCGUGGGUAGAUUACAGCAGCGUUUAUGCCUCUUGCACCUUGCACCUGAAGGAAGAGACGGAACGGAGAAGGUUUACAGUGUUCACCAUCGUCUUUCACGCCACCAGUUUCAUGCUAUCACUGGUGAUCUUGUGUUUCACCUAUUUAAAGGUGUUGAAAGUCGCCCGGUUCCACUGCAAACGGAUAGACAUUAUCACCAUGCAGACUCUGGUUUUGCUGGUGGACAUCCACCCCAGUGUGAAACAGCGCUGUCUUAAUGAGCAGAAGCGGAGAAGGCAGCGGGCAACCAAGAAAAUCAGUAUUUUUAUAGGGUCUUUCGUGAUCUGUUUUGGUCCUUACAUUAUCACCAGGUUGAUAGAGCUCCUUCCUUUCGUUACCAUAAACUACUACUGGGGAAUUAUAAGCAAGUGCCUCACCUACAGUAAGGCUGCGUCAGAUCCAUUUGUUUACUCACUUUUACGUCAACAAUACAAGAAAGUUCUGAUCAACAUUGUCAAUAGGAUACUUAAGAGGGAUCUGUAUCCUUCGUCAGGCUACAACAGCUCUCUCGACACUGAAAAUGAUUACUGCUUGCACAGAACAAACUAA